AUGACUUCAAUCAUUGACCAUCAAUCACCUACAAAAUCAUCACCACAUCCAGAUAAUGUUAAAAUUAUUAAAAAAGUUUUAAAUGGUUAUGUUGGAUUUGCAAAUUUACCAAAACAAUGGCAUAGAAAAUCAGUUAGAAGAGGAUUUAAUUUAAAUAUAAUGGCUAUAGGAGAAUCAGGAUUAGGUAAAUCAACUUUAAUAAAUACACUUUUUAAUAAAAAUAUAAUGAAUAAAGAUGGUAAAGGUGAUUAUAAUGAAUUUUCUUUAAAUGGAGUUAAUGAAGAUCAAUUAAAUGAAGAGGAAAAUAAUAAUAAUGAACAAGUUGAUAAAAAUGGAUUUGAUUCAAAUGUUAAAAUCAUCAAUACUCAAGCUGAAAUUGAAGAAGAUGGAGUUAAAUUAAAAGUUAAUGUUAUUACAGCACCAGGAUUUGGAGAAUCAAUAAAUAAUAUAGAUUCUUGGAAACCAAUAGUUGAUGAAAUUAAUAAUAGAUUUAAUUCAUAUUUAGAAGCAGAAUCAAGAAUUAAUAGAUCAACAAUAAUUGAUAAUAGAAUUCAUGCAUUUUUAUAUUUUAUUGAACCAACAGGACAUUCAUUAAGAAGUUUAGAUAUUGAAAUUAUGAAACAAGUUCAUGAAAAAGUUAAUUUAAUUCCAAUAAUUGCAAAAUCUGAUACUUUAACUGAUGAAGAAAUUCAACAAUUUAAAUCAUCAAUUUUGGCAGAUAUUGAACAUCAAAAUAUUAAAAUUUUUAAACCAAGUAUUUAUAAUGAUGAUGAAGAAACUUUAAAUAAUACAAAAAAUUUAAUUGAUACUUUUCCAUUUGCAGUUAUAGGAUCAACAAAAGAAGUUCAAACUAUUGAUGGUAGAUUAGUUAGAGGUAGAAAAUAUCCUUGGGGUAUAAUUGAAGUUGAUAAUGAAAAUCAUAAUGAUUUUGUUUUAUUAAGACAAUUAUUAAUUAGAAAUUUUUUAGAAGAAUUAAAAGAAAAUACUUCAAAAAAUUUAUAUGAAAAUUAUAGAACUGAAAAAUUAAAAAAAAUGGGAAUUGAACAAGAUAAUUCUGUUUUUAAAGAAUUUGAUCCAUUAGCAAGACAAGAAGAAGAAAGACAAUUACAUGAAGCUAAAUUAUCAAAAAUGGAACAAGAAAUGAAAUCUGUUUUUCAACAAAAAGUAAGUGAAAAAGAAAAAAAAUUACAAAGAUCAGAAGCUGAUUUAUUUGCAAGACAUAAAGAAAUGAAAGAUAAAUUAACUAAACAAAUUAAAUUAUUAGAAGAAAAAAAAUUACAAUUAGAAAAACAAAAAUUAUUACCUCAAGAACCAACUACAACUACUACAACAACUCAAAAAAGUAGAAAAGGAUUUUUACGUUAA